AUGGCGGACACGAACAGGCAGCGGCUUCUGAACCUGCUGACAACAAUACCAGGAAAUAACAUGUGCGCUGAAUGUGGAGAAUCAGAUCCUCCUUGGGCUUCCUGUACUCUUGGAGUCUUCUUGUGUGAACGAUGUGCUGGCCUCCACAGGGGUUUAGCUAUUAGUACAAUGGAAGUUAUAGGUAAUGAGAAAGCAAAUGCUUUACAUGAAAAGCACAGACCUGCCUUCUAUAGAAAGCCAACUAAGAACGAUCCCCAAAUUUUACACAAAGAAUGGGUUAAUGCCAAGUACAUUAGAAAAGAAUUUGAUAAUGUCGACAAACAGCUGGCCUACACCUCUCCAACUAAAGAAGGCAUUUUGUUGAAGAGGGGAAAAGAUGACAACAAAUACAACCGUAGGAAAUUUGUUCUUUCCCGAACGGAAAAUAAGAUCGUUUAUUACCAGAAGGACACAACUACUAACAAACCUAAAGCAGAGAUCUGUUUAGAUGAUAUUAAUUUAGUGUUUGUACCAGACAAAAUGCAACGCGCCCAUGGAAUGCAGAUCACAUACUUAUUGAAGGGCUCAACCAGGAACAUAUUUGUGGACAGUGAUGAUUCCAAGGACAUAGUUGAUUGGUAUCUAGCUAUCCGGGCAGCCAAACUGGAGCGACGGAAAAUAGCCUUCCCAGAUAGAGAUGAAAAAGAUUUAGCAGAAGAUUUGACACAGGAUUUUCUAAUGGAAGGCUACUUAAGCAAGAUGGGGCCAAAACAUGAACCUUUCAGGAAGCGAUGGUUUUCUCUGGAUAAGAGGAAGCUGAUGUAUUAUGAAGAUAAGUUGAAUCCAUACCCAAGGGGUGAACGCUUUAUAGGACACCGAGAUGGAGGGUUUUCUGUUAGCAUGACAGCAACACAUGUCAAGGUGACUCAUGGAUACCCAUUCACACUACAUAUGCCUGGUCGUGAUUUCAUCCUGUGUGCAGAGACAAAGGAGGACAUGGAGAAGUGGAUAUAUGCCCUGCAGAAAGUCAUAGAGACUCCUCUCACACCACAAGACACCAAAGUGGCAUCUCAGCUGGUACAUAAAAGAAAUGACUCCUUUAUUAGUAUGAAGAAGUAACUUAAU